AUGUCUUCGGUCACAAUCACCCGCGACAAUGUCACGACCCUCUUCCCCGACGUCCACACGAGGUUGAUCGGCGCCGACAUGGCUCCCAACGCCACACCCAACGGUUCGUCAGAGACCAACUCGGACGACACGCUCGCCGGCUACGACGAGGAACAGAUCCGUCUCAUGGACGAGGUCUGCAUCGUCCUGGAUAACAACGACAUGCCCAUCGGCUCUGCCUCCAAGAAGGCGUGCCAUCUGAUGUCCAACAUCAACCAGGGACUCCUCCAUCGCGCCUUCUCGGUGUUUCUAUUCGACCCGACGACGAAAAAGCUGCUCCUGCAGCAAAGAGCGAGUGAAAAGAUUACGUUCCCGGACAUGUGGACGAACACCUGCUGCUCACACCCACUGGCGCACCCUUCGGAGACCGGGAACGGCGAGCUGGCCAGCAACGUCGAGGGCGCCAAACGCGCCGCUCAGCGCAAGCUCAAUCACGAACUCGGCAUCCAGUCGUCGCAGGUGCCCCUCACGGACUUCUCCUUCCUGUCGCGCAUCCACUACCUGGCACCUUCGGACGGCAAAUGGGGCGAGCACGAGAUCGACUACAUCCUCUUCAUCGAGGCUGACGUCACGCUCGACAUCAACAAGAACGAGGUGCGAGAUACGCGGUGGGUCAGUCAGGAGGAGCUGAGACAGAUGUUCAAGGACGUCGAGACGCAGACCGGCGAGGAUAAGGCUCUGAAAUACACACCCUGGUUCCGGCUGAUCUGCGAGGGGAUGCUGUUUCAGUGGUGGGACAAGCUUGUGCAGGGCAAGUUGGCCGACGUGGUGGACGAGACGCAAAUUCGGAGGAUGUAA